AUGGCGAAUUCAGACGAGGAUCGACCUUUCCGUGAACUUGAAGUCAAAAACAUUUUACAUCAAAUCCUUGAAGGGCUUUCAUUUAUGCACAAGCAUGGAUUUUUCCAUCGAGACCUGAAACCUGAAAACGUUCUCUGUAUGGGUCCAGAUUUAAUAAAAAUUGCAGAUUUUGGCUUAGCUCGUGAAAUAAGGUCAAGACCUCCCUACACUGAUUAUGUGUCCACUAGGUGGUAUAGAGCUCCUGAAAUUUUGCUACGCUCCACCAACUACAAUUCACCUAUCGACAUUUGGGCUUUAGGUUGCAUUAUGGCUGAGUUAUACAACCUCAGACCAUUAUUUGCAGGCAGAAGUGAGAUCGAUCAAAUAUUUCGAAUUUCUUCCGUCCUAGGAACGCCUGAAAGAAGAGAAUGGCCUGAAGGAUACCAAUUGGCGUCUCAGAUGAAUUUUGUUUUCCCAAAAUUUUCCAGCCUUUCGCUUUCGAGUGUGGUACUCGGUAUCAGUUUGGAAGGUUUGAUAUUAUUUGGCGACAUGUUGAAAUGGAAUCCAAGUCUUCGACCGUCAGCUGUAUUGGCUUUGAGGUAUCCAUACUUUUCGGGCCUAUAUCAUUCAGUGGAGCAGAGGAAAAUUCGAAAUUCUGUAGUCGAAACAGAUUACAACGAUAAGUGGUUUGGGGACUAUUGGAGACAUUCCGACGACGUAUCAAAUCAAGUCAGUGGUUCCCAACCUUUUUAA